GAAACGGUCACGCAGUCCUCACGCAAAAAAAAAACACGCGUCAGCAUUGCGGCGCGUCAUACCCCUGCAGGUGUGCUAACUUGCUCACGGGGCCCCGCUGCGUCGGGUUGCGCCUCAAGUUUUUUGCACUGGUCGAGUGUGCGGCUCUUCCGAUAGUUGUAGACUUGUCGGCCGAAUGUGCAGCCUGAUGCUCCCCAAGUAUGUAAUUGUUUGCGUAAUCGGUUUACUGAAGUGUUUAAAAGGGGGGCAGCAUAUAGUCCUAACGAAAAAAAAAACACGCCCGCAAGACUUGGGCAACCGCGCUUCGCCCCCUGGUUGGUUGGUUGGUUGGUUGGUUGGUUGGUUGCAUAAUGGGCAUUCUAGUGAACGUGCGGAAUGUAUUGGCGCUGUAGAGUAGGCAAGACGAAGACAACCGGAAACUACCAGCAUGGGAGGAGCAAAAAGCACACUCGUCUGCAAAUACGAAGAGCAGAAGCCGUCUGCAAAUAGUGAGCAAAUACGAAGAGAAGCGCAACAACAAAUUGGAAGCCACACAACUCAGCUUUUCUUUUCCCACCCAAAACCUUCACUCCAGGUAAGCCCUGGGCCGUCUGGCGGACACGGAGCGCUGGCGUGGAGGAAACGGUCUUGUUGUUAAGGAUAAUUGUUUAGAUAGAUCGACGUAGAUAGUAUAAGAGGAAAGAUGGGUGCCCAAGCGUCUGCUAGUUGAAUGUUACAGGUUGUCUUGGCAUUAGAUAUUAGAAGCAAGUAGGAUAGCGCCCCAGCUCCUGAUAAGGCUGCUUUCUCUUCGCAUGCGUCUGGACCUGUCACGCGGACGUUAAUCUUAAUAUCACAAUGUUGCGCUCCGGCAUGAGUACCACCGCGCACCUGGGAUCGAUGCCUCAACAAGUCGGACCUUUCUCAACGCGCUGGAGAUUCGGGGCUGCUGGUGUCUAACUCGGUUCCACAUAGCAGGUUCGCCAGCUUGGUGUGCCGUUUUUCGUGACUCGUGUCGACUACGCCCGCAAGGAGAGACAGAGCCGCGCUACUGAGUGAGUUGGUAGAGUCAACAAUGAUGUACAUCAUGGACUUCAAAUUCCACUAUGAGCACCAAUAAAUGAUCCGCUUGAUGAUCAUACAAUACAGCAAAAUC